AUGCUUGAUCUACAAAAAAGUUACACUGCUAAAAAUGCUACUUUCACGUUGAUUGAUGAAAGAACGGAUCUUCCAAUGAUCAUUAAAAGUUAUAACCCAGUCAGAUCAAUAAUGAUCCAAUUACAAAAUACACGUACCACAAGACAAACAGACCGAUUGUUCGGUUCAUGUUCUUCAUCUCAUCAUUGUCCCAUUAGCAGAUCCCUAUUCUUUAACAAUAGGCAGAGCAGACAAUCAAGAAUAUUGUUGAGACGUUUAACCACGCAUUCACAGCAAAGGAAAAGAAUUUACUUGUCUGAUAAGAAUGAACGGAAAUGUUCUUCCACUGUUCACUCGUCCUCUCCUUCUUCCGAUGCAAACACAUUGGUUUCUACCAAUGAAGUCGAAAAGGUAGAUACUACAGAGAGAUUGAAAGCUUUAAGAAAUGAAAUGCGAAAAGAAAAUUUGGUGUGUUAUAUAGUGCCAAGUCAAGAUGAGCAUCAAUCUGAAUACGUUUCUGUCGCUGAUGAAAGAAGGAGAUUUAUAUCUGGCUUUUCUGGUUCUGCCGGUAUUGCUUGCGUUACAAGAUCGUUGAAUCAUUCUGGUGAUGGAGAUGCUGCUGCGUUAAGUACAGAUGGGAGAUAUUUCAAUCAAGCAGGUAAACAAUUGGACCAUAAUUGGCAACUAAUCAAGCAGGGUACAGAUAACUUCACAUGGCAAGAAUGGUGUAUCAAGAAAGUGAAAGAAAUGGCCGAUACCAACAACAAAGAACCGUUGAGCAUAGGGAUUGAUCCGAAAUUAAUUAGUUAUGAAAGUGUUACAUUAUUCAAGCAACUACUGAGAGAAACUGCCGACACAAAUUCAAUUAAAUUAAAACCUGUAGACAGAAAUUUAAUUGACUCUAUUUGGAAUGAUUUCGAACCAAAACCUAUCAGACCCAAGAACAAGUUGAUUCUAUUACCUUUCCAAUUUCAUGGGGAGCAUCUCGAAAGCAAGCGUAAAAGAGUCUUUGAAUAUAUCAGGAAGAAAUAUCCCUCUAACGGUACCACAAAUAAGGCGCUAAUUGUUGUGGCUCUAGAUGAUAUUUGUUGGUUCUUAAACUUACGUGGAUCUGAUAUUGCAUAUAAUCCUUGUUUUUUCUCAUAUUUGAUAAUACAUGAAAAUGAGAUCGUAUUGUUUACCGACAAUCCUAUAUCGAAAGAGCUUUUACAAUAUCUAAAAGAAAAUAAUGUCACUGUGAAACCUUAUAAUUCUAUUUGGGUUCAUCUUACGAAAAUUGAUUAUCCAGUUUUCGCUCCUAAAACAUCUUCCUGGAAAUUAAUUCAAUCUAUUCCACUUGCAAAUUCAGAGUGUACACACAAAUCACAAAUAAUACCAUCAAUAAUUGAAGCUUUAAAGGCAGUGAAGAAUCCCAUAGAAAUUUCUAAUGCCCGAAUUGCUCAAAGAAAAGAUGCGUUGUCGAUAAUAAAAUAUUUUGCAUGGUUAGAAAAGAAUCUAUUAUCACCAUCCAUCACGGACGACGUUACUACUAUUAAUGAAUAUGAAGGUGCAGAAUAUUUACGUAGUUUAAGAAUGGAAACUCAACCCACUUUCAUGGGAAAUUCAUUUGAAACAAUCUCGUCGAGUGGAUCUAAUGCAGCUAUCAUUCAUUAUUCACCAACAGCAAAGAAUUCUUCCAUAAUUGAUCCAACGAAAAUAUAUUUAUGUGACACAGGUGGUCAAUAUCUCGAAGGAACUACUGAUAUUACAAGGACUAUUCAUUUCACUGAACCAUCUGACGAGGAAAGAAGGAAUUAUACUUUGGUAUUGAAGGGUAAUCUUUCUUUGGAGAGAUUUAUUUUCAUUGAAGGUACAUCUGGAGAAAAAUUGGAUGCCAUUGCAAGACAACAUUUAUGGUCCAAUGGAUUGAAUUACAGACAUGGGACAAGUCAUGGUAUUGGUUCGUUUUUGAAUGUUCAUGAGGGUCCCAUUGGUAUUGGUACUAGAUCAGAAAUACCAUUAAAAGUAGGGAAUAUUGUUAGUAAUGAACCUGGUUAUUAUAAAGAUGAUUGUUACGGAAUUAGAAUUGAAAAUGAUGUUUGCGUUAAGAAGAUUAAAGGUCUUCAAUUCGAUGGAACUCCAUUUCUAACCUUUGAAAAUUUGACUUUAGUCCCAUACUGUUCUAAACUAAUUGAUGUUACGUUGUUGACCAACGAAGAAAGGAACCAAAUCAACUGGUAUCACCAAAAGAUAUGGAAUAACUUGAAAGAAUCUUUUGACGUAAACUCAGAUGAAUAUAAAUGGUUACAAAGGGAAACUACUCCACUGUAA